AUGAAGUACACCUUCUUCACUCUUAUCACCCUCCUAGCAUGGGCCUUUGCGGCGCCCCAGGACCCCCAAGUACCCCUUUCAACCUCCGUCAUGACCCUUAUUGUGACCGGCCCACCGGCCCCAGUGUCCACGGAGCCCAUCUCGAACAACCCUGACCCCCUCCCCGCGCCCGUCUCGUCUGUACCGAUCCCCUCCGACCCAUCUCAGCCCGCGCCCCCUUCCGGUGGUCCUCACUGCGUCUGCGGCGCGACCUACUGCGGCAAGAUCCUUGUUCGCUUCCAAGGCUACACAACAGAGCAAGUCGGGCAAGGCUACUGCUCGACGAACGGCACGAACUGCGCCUCCGCCGCUCCGGCCCCGGAGUCUCUCCAGAACGCCCUGUUCGUCUGCAUCUGCCCGGCGGGCCAGAAAGAGGGCUCGACCAUCGAGCUCAUUUGCCCUUGCCAAGGCGUCUGCAAGAACGAUGAGCCCGACUUUAUCGCCCGCUGCGAAAGCGCCUGUGGUCUCGGGUGCGCUCCCACGGCCCCGGCUCCGUCUUCGUUUCCUGUCCCAGUUCCGCUCCCCGUUCCCAUAUCGGUCGAGCCUGCUCCCGUCCAGAGCCAGCCCAUCCCGUCUGCCGCGCUUCUUGCAAAGAAACGGGCAUAA